UCUCAAGGUGUCUACAGAGGCUGUGCUGCCUGUCACCCUGCUCCUGAGCACUCAUCAACCAAGAUGUCCUGCCAGCAGAGCCAGCAGCAGUGCCAGCCCCCUCCCAAGUGCGCCCCCAAGUGCCCUCCCAAGUGCCAGACCCCUAAGUGCCCCCCUAAGUGUCCCCCUAAGUGCCCCCCUAAGUGUCCCCCUGUGUCUUCCUGCUGCAGCCUGGGGUCUGGUGGCUGUGGCUCCAGCUCUGGUGGCUGCUGUGGCUCCAGCUCUGGAGGCUGCUGCAGCUCUGGGGGUGGUGGCUGCUGCCUGAGCCACCACAGGCCCCGCAGAUCUCUUCGUCGCCAUCGUCACAGCUCUGGAUGCUGUAGCAGUGGGGGCAGCAGUGGCUGCUGUGGCAGCAGUGGGGGCAGCAGUGGCUGCUGUGGCAGCAGCGGUGGCAGCAGUGGCUGCUGUGGCAGCAGCGGUGGCAGCAGUGGCUGCUGUGGCAGCAGCGGGGACAGCAGCUGUGGUGGCAGCCAACAGUCCGGGGGCUGCUGUUGACCUUUGCCAGGAGGAUCUCUGACAGAAUGGAGAAGGAAACCUAGU